GAGUCUUACCCUCUGUAUAACAUGUUUUUCCAAACCCAGUGUGGAACAACGUGUGAGGUGAAUGUCAGCGAGGUAUAACAGCCAACACACCUUCAUAAUGUUCUUCAGAAGUGUAUCAGGCGUGUGAGAGACUGAGGACAGUUUUAAUCUUCAGCAACAUGACACUCAAAUCACACUGCACGCAUCUACGCGCACCAACAGGAUCUCUAUGGACCAGCGGACACUGCAAAAGACAGUACAGCUCUAAAUCGCAGCUUAACUACCUCACAAGAACACAUCCGAUGGAGCAGAGGAGGCCCAAACCUCACAGGUUCCACUCCUGCCUGGUGUUUCGCUUAAAGGACCGUGUGAGGAUGGACCACUGCCAGCCUGGAGGAGACGUCCAGGAAAACACUGAGAGCAGACUAAGGGAACUGGCCCUGAAGUGGUUUACAGAGACCCAGGCGCCUUUAAUUCUCCACAACGGCAACUUUCCGGAAUGGUUCCAAGGAUUUAUCAGCAGAAAGGAUGCAGAGGAGCAUCUGAAAGACAAGGAACUGGGCUGUUUCCUCAUUCGGCUCAGUGAUAAAGCCACUGGAUACAUUCUUUCAUACAAAGGUCGCGAUCGAUGUCGGCACUUUGUCAUCAAUCAGAAUAAAGAUGGACGUUUUAUUGUGACGGGCGACACAGAGAUGCAUGACACUCUCACUAGCCUCAUUGAAUAUUACAAGUCCAGUCCCAUUGAGCCAUUUGGAGAAUAUCUGACACUCUCAUGUUUUGAGUCUUCCACAAGCGAGCUCUAUGAUGUAAUUCACUUUGACAUGAGGGAAAAGCCAGGAGUGAGUGUUAAAGCUGCGAAGGAUAUUUGGGACGAUCCGCGUAAAAAACAUGACACAAUGCAACCGCCUGCCUUGCCGCCCAAGGGCAACAGAAACACACCGGCAGUACCUUCAUGGCCAAGAAAAGGCCCUCCUAUGAAAGCCGCCUCCUUGGAUGUAAAGUUAAGCACAGAAAACGUGCUGUAUACGGCGUUAGACCUGCAGAAGCCCAGGGAAAGAGCCAGAACGCCAACAGAGGGCAAAGACAUUUCAGUUACAGCUAGAGGAGAACUCAGAGCCCCGAGACAACAGAAAAGCCCUGCCGAAAACCAAGGAACCAUUUACUCCGAGCUCAUAGUGCCGAACUGCAGAAGUCAAUCCCUGCCGUUCCUGGAUGAUGACUGUGAAGAUGAAGGACACUUAAAUAGAAGAAGCCAACUGCAACUCUCUUCCCACGUACAGAGGGAACAGCUCAACAAUCCCGCCACCCACUUGGUGCCAGGUCUUAGCAACAGCCUGGAUAUACUAUGUAAUUCAUCGCUGUAUCAAUUAGCCGGAACACCUGGCAACCAAAACACGGCGGGGAUGAGAAUCUCAAACGUCAGCAUGCAGGAAAGCGAAGUUACGUAUGCAGAGGUGCCUCUUGAACCCGUUCCAAAUCACUUCCUGGUUGACAACACAUACGAGCAGAUUCCCGACUCACAACCUACAGCGAGAGCACAGGAGAACUCACACACUAAUACCUACGAGACGCUAACAGACUUAAAACCGAAGCAGAUUAUUUCUGCCCGGGCCAUUAAGGCAGAUAAAUGGAAAUGGCUGUCCCCGGAAUACUGGAAAAAAUAACUUCUUCAUCUACAGACAAACAUCAUAAAAUUACACUAAUAGAGAACAGUUGUUAACAAAAACUACUUCCAUCCACUCAAGCUAUUUCUGAUCAUUGAAUACUAGAAUAGUACAGCUUUAUUUUUCACUAUAUUUAUGGGAUUUUUGUAUGUGUAUUUGUGAAAUAUUUUAAUUUUUCAUGUUAAAAGAAUAUUUAUUAACUUAAUAAACGUAUCUGAGUGUCUUAUUCUU